UGCAGCGUGAUCUCGGACUGGCGGCGGGACAGCUACGUUAGCGACGGAGCUGGUUAGCUUGUUUAGCGGCGCAGUUUCAGAUAACAACCAAUAUGAGCCCUGAUCGGAGCACACUGGUUGACCAAUAGCACACAGGUGUUGCUGCCUGAGGCGUAACAGACGGAGUGACGGGUUGUCGGUGUUGUUCUGCCUCCUGACAGCGAGUCUGGUGUCGGUUCGGUCCGAUGGGCGACAGCGAUGACGAGUUCGACCGGAGGAGGCGGGACAAGUUCAGGAGGGAGCGCAGCGACAUGGAGAGGUCGAGGGAGCGCGACGACCGUAGGAGGGACGACUGGCCCGACAGGGACUGGGAUCGCGGCAGAGAGAGGAGGCGGGACUACGAUCGCGGUCGCAGAGAGCGCUUUUCUCCUCCGCGACACAUCAGCCCUCAGCACAAACGCAUGAGGAGAGACUGGGACGACCACCGGGGGGAGCCAUACCGCUAUGACCUGCCCUAUGGAGGGGGAGGGGGAGGGGGAGGAGGAGGAGGAGCUCCAUUUCCGGGGGCGGGGCCUCAGGGCUGGCACCCCGACUUCCCCCACCUCCACCCACACCACGGAGGUCACCCACUGCAGGGCAGGCUGGGCAUGGUGGAUCCAGACCUGCCUCCUCCUGGUCCUCCCACCAUGAGGAGCUUCAAGGAGUUCCUGUUAAACAUGGAGGACAGCGUCGACGAGACCGAGGCCGUGAAGCGCUACAAUCAGUACAAACUGGACUUCCGGCGGCAGCAGCUGCAGGACUUCUUCCUCCAGCACAAAGACCAGGAGUGGUUUCGCUCCAAGUACCACCCUGAUGACAUCACGGCGAGGAAGACGGAGUCGCUGGCCGCCCUCAAAACCCGACUGGGUGUCUUCCUCUUCCUGCUGGACAACAGCUGGCUGGACAACGUGUCGCUGGACAUGGACCACGCCCUCGCCAUCAUCAAGCUGCUGGACGCAGCUGUGAUCAAGAUGGAGGGAGGUACAGACCUGGACCUGCAGGUCCUGGAGGCUCCGGCUUCCGCUGCAGCUGCUGGCAGUGGCGACGCGAGCAGCGGCGAGAAGAGUCAAGUCGAUGCCAGCGGAGGAGGCACGAGCGCUCAGACCAGCUCAGAGCCGACCGUGACUCGGACAGACGAGGCGACUGGUGGCGAGUCGGGAGACGUGAAAGACUCCAAGAAGGACGGUGAAGACGCCAAACGUAACGGUGAGAAGGAGAAGGACGAGGAGGACGAGGAGGAGAAGAAAGAUGAGGAGGAGGAGAAGAAGAGCAGUAAGAAGGGCAGGAAGAGGAAACGCAGCGUGUCAGCUGACAGCGGGGAGGGCAGCGCCUCAGACUCUGACUCCUCCCACUCCGACGGCGAGAAGGAGGAGGACGAGGAGAAGGAGGAAGAGGAGGAGGACCGAGACGAUGAGCGUCGUAAAGAGCGAGGGAAGGAGCGCGAGAAGGAGGCGCCGGCUAAGCCCCGCCCCCUACACCUCACCACCUCGCUGUUCAUCCGCAGCAUCCCGCCGGAGGUGUCCAAGGAGGAGAUCACUGCUUUGUGUCGCAGGUAUCCGGGCUUCCUGCGGGUGGCGCUGUCAGACCCUCAGCCUGAGAGGAGGUUUUUCCGGCGCUGCUGGGUGACGUUCGACCGCAGCGUGAACAUCAAGGAGACGUGCUGGAACCUUCAGAACAUCCGGCUCAGAGACUGCGAGCUGUCCCCGGUGGUCAACAGAGAUCUGUGUCGGCGAGUUCGCAGCGUCAACGGUCUGACGCACCACAAGCCGGUGGUGAGGAACGACAUCCGGCUGUCGGCCCGGCUGGUGCACAGCCUGGACCAGAGAGGGGAGCUGUGGGCCGGACAGAUGGAGACCAACCCCGUGCUGAAGAACAUCACAGAUUACCUGAUAGAGGAGGUGAGCGCCGAGGAGGAGGAGCUGAUGGGCGCCGCUGGGGGCAACAGCGACGAAGCAGGUGACUCCAAAGACCCCGCCUCCUCCUCUGAGGUUACCGUGGAGACGGACGACAAGCUGCUGAAGGUGCUGGACAGACUGCUGCUCUACCUGAGGCUGGUUCACUCUGUAGAUUAUUAUAACUUCUGUGAGUAUCCUGCUGAGGACGAGAUGCCUCAUCGCUGUGGGCUGGUCCACGUACGAGGACCCCUACCUGUAGCCAAGAUCACUGCGACCGAGGUGAGCGAACACCAGAAGAUGUGCGAGGAGCGUUUGGCUCCGCUGCUGUCGCCUUCAGAGACUCUGAGUGAAGAAGAAGCUGCCAGACUGGGGAAGAAGGAUCCAGAACAGGAGGUGGAGAAGUUCCUGUCGGCCAACACUCAGGAGCUCAGUAAAGACAAGUGGCUCUGUCCGCUGAGCGGGAAGAAGUUCAAGGCUCCAGAGUUUGUCCGCAAGCACAUCCUGAACAAACACGCCGAGAAGGUCGCCGCCGUCAGGCAGGAGGUCGAGUUCUUCAAUAACUUCCUGCUGGACGCCAAAAGACCUUCGUUACCUGAGAACAAGCCCCUCCCACCGCCGGCACAAGCUGCUCCUCCUGGCAUGCCGGGAUUUCCUGGUCAGUCGCCUCAGCAGCAGAGCCUUCUGGGAUAUCCUCCAGGAGUCAGACCUCCGCUGCCCGGCUUCCCAGGUGGAGGACCUCACCACCCGCCCAACCAGUUUGGGGCAGGACGUGGGAACUAUGACGGCUUCAGAGGGCAUCUGGGCGGCGGUGGCGGCGGGUUUCCUGGGAAACAGCGAAACAGCAGGGGCGUGCGAGGAGACCCUCGGUCCAUCAUCGAGUACAGAGACCUGGACGCUCCAGACGACCUCGACUUCUUUUAGGCUCCAAAUAUGGCAGGACGUUUUUGUUUUUUACUUUUUUAUUCCUCUGUUGGUCCUGAUUCCUCCCCUCCAUGUUCACCUCAUCAGUUAGGACAGAAGUGUGUGUGUGUGUGUGUGUGUGUGUGUGUGUGUGUGUGUGUGUGUGUGUGUGUGUGUGUGUGUGUGUGUGAGAGCAGGACCAAUGUUACUAUCAGUUAUUAGUGAUGAUGAUUCGUGUCACUUUCCAAUAAAGACCAACACAGACCAGG